CGGUGACGUUGUUACAGUGCGCAGCUAAGAAAGCCUCCCUUCAGCCAGCUGCCUGCUCGGUGAAGUAAACCUGACGAUGUUGUCAACUAUGAUGUCCCCAGUGCAGCAGCACUAAAAGUACAUCACUGAACACAGGAAGGGACGUUGGGUAUUUACUAAGUUUGUGACAAACAGUUGUUUGAGGUCUUUGAUUCGGACAAACACCAUUUUCACAAGUUCAGAAGUGGACCAUAAACACUGCAAUGCCUCUGCUGUUUUUGGAGAGGUUUCCAUGGCCCAGCCUGCAGACCUACACAGUACUGAGUGUAGCUCUGCUUGCUGGUAGCAUCUUCAGUGCCUACACCACUGUGACAGAUCCAGGCUUUGGGGCCUUGGAAACUGAGGAAACACAAGCUCCCUCUGAAGUGGAUCUUGAACAUCUAAACAAUGACAUUAGUAACACAGAACUGGCAACCACUGUCUUGUGGUAUCUUGCCACAGACAGUCUCUUUGUAUGGGUGUUAGUCAACACAUUCUGCUGUUCUUUGAUGUUAGUUGCAAAAAUGAUUCAGUAUGUGGUGUUCGGCCCACUUAGAGUCAGUGAGAAGCAGCACCUGAAAGAUAAGUUCUGGAACUUCAUCUUCUACAAGUUCAUUUUCAUCUUUGGCGUACUGAACGUGCAGACAGUGGAGGAGGUGGUGAUGUGGUGUUUGUGGUUCUCUGCCCUGGUCUUUCUCCACCUCAUGGUUCAACUCUGCAAAGACCGAUUUGAAUAUCUGUCAUUCUCUCCCUCCACUCCAAUGAACAGCCAUGUGCGAGUGCUUUGUCUGCUGGUCUCCCUCUUGCUGGACUGCUGUGGCCUUGCUGUGGGCUGUGGUUUACUGGGUGCUUCCCAUGGCAUGCACACACUUUCCUUUAUGGCAGCAGAGUGUCUGCUGGUGACUGUACGUACUGGGCAUGUCAUCAUGCGGUACUCCAUUCAUCUGUGGGAUCUAAACCAUCCAGGGACCUGGGAGAGUAAGGGAACAUAUGUCUACUACACAGACUUCAUCAUGGAGCUAGCUAUGUUGUUUCUGGACCUCAUGCACCAUAUCCAUAUGCUGCUUUUUGGUAACAUCUGGCUGUCCAUGGCAAGCUUGGUUAUCUUCAUGCAGCUGCGGUAUCUGUUCCAUGAAGUCCAGCGCCGCGUCCGCCGACACAAGAACUACCUUCGUGUUAUCAACAACAUGGAGGCCAGGUUUGCUGUUGCCACUGCGGAGGAGCUGGCAGCUAAUGAUGAUGAUUGUGCCAUCUGCUGGGAUACCAUGUUGACAGCACGCAAACUACCCUGCGGCCAUCUCUUUCACAACUCGUGUUUGCGCUCGUGGCUCGAACAGGAUACCUCGUGCCCAACGUGUCGUACAUCCCUCAACAUUAAUGGAGAUGGGGGCCAGCCGAGAGGCCAGCAGCAGGGCGGAGGUUUGGAAGACAACAUCGGCCCUGUAGGAGCCGCUCCAGAUGCCAGACCACAUAUCAACCAACACAACCACUUCUUCCACUUUGAUGGAUCUCGUAUUGCCAGCUGGCUGCCCAGUUUCUCAGUGGAAGUAAUGCAUACUACCAAUAUCUUGGGCAUUGCUCAGGCCAACAACUCCCAGCUCAUGGCCAUGGCCCAUCAGAUCCAGGAAAUGUUCCCUCAGGUGCCAUCCUACCUAGUAAUGCAGGACCUGCAGUUGACCCGCUCUGUGGAGGUCACAACCGACAACAUCCUAGAAGGACGCAUCCAGGUGCCUUUCCCAGCACAGGCCAUAGAGCGUGCCCCUAUACAGGUGAGCCCUGCAGCAGACGAGCAGGCAGGUCCGAGUGGAGCAGCUGAGCAGGGUCUCAGUGAGCCAGACAACAUGGAGGUCAGAGGAGGUCGCUUCUCUAAGUCGGCUGAGGAGAGGCAGAAGAUGCUAAAACAGAGGAAAGAAGAGCUGCUCCAACAAGCACGCAGGAGAUACCUGAACAAGAGUCCAGAGGACCAGGACGAGGAUUUGCCUGGAUUGGAGGAGGACACUGUCCCAGAGCUGGACUCAAGUGUGCUGAGACGUAGAACCGUGGCGGCGGCUGCAGAGAGACGCAUGCAAGACCCUUCACCCUGAUACAAAGACAGGCGUCAGCUGGAGAGUCUAACACAUCAUCAUCCCAGGAUGCACCAACAGAGCUAUUUCAACCUUCCCCCAUGUGGUGUACAGUCAAUGGUCAUCACCUAUUCAAAACUAUAAUUAAAAAGCAUUGCAAACAUGGCCUUUGGACUGUUUUGGGCUGCCUAAAGGUGGAGUAAUUGUGAAUAGCCUCUGCAUCACUGAUUCAAGAGUAUUUGGAGCAUUAUAUAAAUUGAUGGGCGCAAGUCAAGAAAUGCAAAGCUGCAUUGCCCUUUAUUCUCGUGCCACACAUUGCAACCACCAGCUUCAAUAGAGAGUCACUAUCUGCUAUAAUUGAGACUGGCUGUCAGAAAUGAGCAUGCUUUGCAUUCAGGAGAUCUAAGUCUGUUAUGAGAAGGGUUUGAAGGUGUCAUUAUCAGACAAAGCUACUAUUUGGGUCCUUGUUCUCCUUUUAUCAGACUUUUUUUUUUCUCUUUUUUGCUCAUGGCGAAAAGCUUUGUAUUCUGGAUGGAGAAACUCAUCUGACGUAUUUGUGUGUUAUUAUUUUACGAGUUUCAACUGUGAAUCAAGUGUAGGCAAAAUAACAUGUUUUAUUUCUUACCUUGGUGUAAGAGAAUGUCACUUUAGUAUUGUUCAGCCUUUCUGUCAAAUAUGAAUGUUUCUAUCAAAGUAAUGCUGCAAACAAAGUGUUUUUGACCCGCAUGGGUUGUUCUGUAUUUAGUGUGUAAUAUCACCCAUUGCAAACCGUUUGCAUUUUGUUAUUUAACAAAAGGAGGGGAGUUGGCAUGUAAAUCUUUGUUUUCUAAUACUGGUCCCUUGAGAUGCAUCGUUAACAAAGGGGAUGUAUUACAUUUUGUACAAAUACAAUGGGGCUCAUCUUCUCACUCUUUUUUAAAUUACCCACUGCUGUUAGCUGUGCAUAUGUUCUUUUCAGUUGAGUAUGGGGUUGUUGGCCAGCUGUGACCUUUUUUUUUUUUUUAAGGAAAUAGCAGGACUUGCUGCACGGUAUUUUGAAGAUGUUUUGCCACUACUUGAACAGUCUUCAGUUCUGUAGGUGAAGCCUCUUGGAUGAGCAGCAAAAGAUUUUCAGGAUUUCACAGCAAAUCCAGCUGUGUUUGAUUUACUACUUAGAUAUUAUAUGAUCUGAAUGACUGAGAAUCUUGAUGAAGAAUUUUUUUGGGGUGAUUUUAUUUGUGUAGCCUUUGUCUACUCACAUUGAGGAGUGCUAUUUGAAAAAUCAUACCAGCAGGGAGCAUAAUCAUCCUCUGCUAAAAGAUGUUACAAAAAUGCACAGCAAUGUAUAACAUGGACUGGGCCCCUGAAGCUUUUUGGGUAUUCAGUCAAAUUUCACUGAAUCUGUAGCUGGUUGAGACAUAUUGACGGACACAAAGAUGGAGACUGUGUGUAUUAUAAGUGUUUGAUUACUGUGUGAGGGCAGUUUUGGGUGAGAUAUGCAUGAAUCUAGACAAGUGCUUUUGUUUCCUUCCACUUUAUCCCAAAGAGCAGCCCAGUGACUUCCACUAAAAGCUGAAGUGUUGUGAUCUUAAUUGUGUGUUUAUUUUAUUACUCAAACUCUGUUUGGGGGUUGUUGUAAAGACAAUUUAGGAUUUAGAUUUCAGAUUUCAAUUAGUUAAAAUUUUUUAAAAAUUGGACAGUUUUGUUUUCAUUUUCGGUUUGUCAUUCAGUUACUUAACGACUUUUAAUAUCCAUGAUAUAUUUUCCUAUUCAGGGGUUAUCUUUCAUAACCAUUGCUUAUUUAAUCAAAACUGAAAUACUUUUUUGGACUGAGCUUUCCUGUAUUUUUGUGCCUAAAUCAAGAAUGGUUCAGUUAUGGAUAAUUUCUGUAAAUCUAGUUUUUGUAAAAUAUGUUAAUACAAAAGACUCAAUAAACAGAGCUUCUACAGCUUUUUAACAAAA